AUGCGACGACCGCGCCGGAUGACACGCCGAUUGUCGAACAGCGACGCGGAGGAGGAGGAUUCGGACGGAUCAGGGGCGGGGCGGAGUGGGAAGGCGGCGCGGAAGUCGUCUAUCUCGCACAUCCUCACUCCCGACGGCAAAGCCUUCAGGCCGCAUCGCAUCAUUCUGGUGCGACACGGGCAGAGCGAGGGCAAUGUGGACGAGGCGGCAUACACUCGCAUCCCCGACUCCAAGAUCGCGCUCACCCGCAAGGGAUGGGAGCAGGCGGUGGAGAGGGGCAGGAAGCUGCGCGAGCUGAUAGAGGCGGAUGGGGAGGAGGACUUCAAGGUCUACUUCUAUGUCUCGCCCUACACACGCACGCUGCAGACCCUCAGGGGAGUGGGCUUGGCGUUUGAGAGGGAGAGGAUAGCGGGUGUGAGGGAGGAGCCCCGCAUCCGCGAGCAGGACUUUGGCAACUUCCAGGACAGGGAGAAGAUGAGGAGGGAGAAGAAGGUGCGGCUGAGCUACGGGCGCUUCUUCUACCGCUUCCCUGAUGGCGAGUCCGCUGCUGACGUAUAUGAUCGCGUCACAGGCUUCCGGGAGACGCUAAGGGCGGACAUAGAUGUGGGGCGGUUCCAGAGGGAGGAGGCAGCAGCGCGCAACAUGAAUCUGGUGCUGGUGUCACACGGACUCACCCUGCGCGUCUUCCUCAUGCGGUGGUACAAGUGGACUGUGGAGCAGUUCGAGGGGCUUUACAACUUUCCUAAUGCCGGCUGCAUGAUCAUGCAGCUGGGCCCUGGUGGCAGGUACAGCCUGCGCAUGCAUCACAGUCGGGAGGAGCUGAGGGCAUUCGGAAUGACGGAGAGCAUGAUCGACGACCAGGAGUGGCAAAUCACGGCCAAGCCGGGGGAUUUGAACCCGGGCUGGCUGACAUCAGGGGCGGGGUUUUUCGACCAUUUUGAUGAGAACGAGGAGUGCGGCAUUCAGCGCGACUACAUAUUGCCGCCUGGCCUCGCUCUCCCCGCCGCACUCGUUCCGCUUCUCAUCCCCGCGCCGGCCAUGGCGUCGACGGCUUUCCCCUCGCUCUCCUCCACUGUAGCCCCUCCGCCCUCCGCCCUCUGGUCCGCCAACCUCUCCGCACCGUACCCGACGAACGCGCCGUGGCAGAACUUCGUGCUAGGCCAGGGCGGCAGCCCGGAGCUCGUGAGCCCGUACGUCGUGCAAAGCGGCGACGGGCGCGUCGCGUGGGGAAUACCGGUGCGCAACGCGCAGCCGGCAUAUAUCAUCCAGGCGUUUAUCACCAACCUCAUGCUCUCCACGCUGCAAGGCCUUCCGCCGCACCAGGUUUCCGCCUACGACGAUCUCUCCGUUACCCUCUCCUUCCGUCAGCCCUCCGCCGGGCCCUCCGCGCCCCCCGCGCUCGUGGUUCCGCUGGUGCGCGGGUCGCCUUAUUUGACUUUUAUAUUCCCCCAGGGCGGCCCCCCCGCGACGCCCGUGCUCAAGACGAUCCAUGCGAUUCUGAGCGUGCAGGCGAUCGGAGACAGCAAGUACCGCGUCGCGCUCAACAACGGACAGACUUGGCUGGUGUACCUAUCAUCGCCGCUUGCGCUGCGGCAGGACGGGUCGUCGAUCGUGGCGGCCGCGCCGUUCACGGGGACGAUGCGCAUCGCGCUGCUGCCGGGCAACUCCCCGCAGCGCGAGGAGGCGCUCCUGGACGCGCACGUCGCGACGGUGCCGGUGGGCGGGCGCGCGCGGGUGGGCGCGUUCCGCAUCAAGUUGAGCUGGCGCACGCAGCAGUGGCGCAAGCUGGCUCCCGGCGACUCCAAGACGCCGCUGCUCAUGCUGUCGCUGCCAGUGCACCGUCGCCUGCGAGUGUUCGCGCACAACCCCACCCCCGCCACUGCCCUCCGCCGUCAGCGCAGCGUCUCCCCUUCCGAUGACGGCACGGCUGCCAUCCGCGUCUCCGCGCCGGCCGGCCUCUCCUCCACGCGCGCCGAUGGCGGGUGGGGCGCGACGGGGUGGGACUCGGACAGCAGCAGCAGCGGCAGCAGCAGUGACGGUCAAACGGAGUCCUUCCCAACUGCACAGGGCAGUGCAGCAUCAACAGCAGUAUCCAGCGCAAGCGACCCGACUGCGUCGAACCAGGCAGCCAUGGCCUGGACAUCAGCGUCGUCGUCCGCGUCAGGCGCGCCGCAGCAGGAGACGGUGCUGUGGUAUCCCACCAUCGACGGGCGCGCAGUCGGCGUGAAAGGCGCGGUGUGGGAUCUCAAAGUGCCGAAGACGCCCACCACGUGGCACUCUCCCAGCCUCUCGUCCGACCCGCAGUUGACGGACGCGCUUCGGGCGAGUCUGAAGCAGGACGUCGCAGCGCUCCCGCCGCUCACCACGGCCUCGACGUACUUCUUCGGCAAGGCCGCGGCACGCGCGGCGCGCCUCGCGCUGAUCGCGGAGCAGGUGCACGACGACGGCAGCCUCGCCGCGGUGCUGCCGCCGCUGCGCGACGCGCUGACAGCCUGGCUGAACGGAACCUUCCACGGAAACCGCCUGCUGUACGAUCCCACGUGGGGCGGAGUGAUUAGCGAAGCCGGGUCGCGCGAUAAGGGCGCGGAUUUCGGCCUAGGUAUGUACAACGAUCAUCAUUUCCACUACGGCUACUUCGUCUACGCGGCCGCGACCGUCGCGAAAUUCGAUCCGAUGUGGGGUAACCAGUAUCGCGCGCAGCUCGCGGCGCUCGUCGCGGAUUACAUGUCAGUGAACCGAACCGCGGCGUUCCCAAGGCUGAGGCACUUCGACGCGUACGCGCUACACUCGUGGGCGAGCGGGCUGUUCGACUUCGCGGACGGGCGCAACCAGGAGAGCUUCAGCGAAGCCGCGAACGCCUACUACGCCGCGUCGCUCCUCGCGUUCACCUUCGGGGACCUCCCAUUGGCCACGCUCGGCGCCACGCUGGCAGCCGUGGAGGCCGUAGCGGGGCAGACGUUGAUGCAGGUGCCGGUAGCGGGGAGUUCCGCGUCCCCCGCGCCGUCGCUGUCGCCCGCGUACGAGCCCGUAUUCGCGGACGCGAAUCGCAUGUUAGGGAUGGUGUGGUCGACGAAGCGCGACGCGGGGCUGUGGUUCGCGACACCUGCUGAGCUGGACAAGCGGGUGGGCAUCCAGGUGCUGCCCAUCACGCCCUUCCUCGCGCACCUCUUCCCCGAUCGCGCGUACGCGCGCCAGCUGGUGGAGUGGGCGCAGCCGGUGCUGAGCGGGAGCGGAGUGACGGACGAGUGGCGGGGCUUCGCGUGGGCGCUGCAGGCGCUGUAUGAUCCCCAGGGGGCGCGGAGUCGAAUCGGCGCGCUGGGUGCUUUUGAUGACGGCAAUUCCAAAACGAACAUGCUCUGGUGGCUCGCGUCCAACACGCCGUAG